ACUGUAUUUUCAUUAUUUCAUCGCACAAAAAUUAAUUCCAAAAUCCGACUGAUAAUGUGAAAUCACUUUUUUUUUUCGCCGUGAUGCUCAAAAACAUUGCGGCAGUAGUUGUUUUUGUAGCGUCUCUCCUGUUUAAGCCCCCACGCCGUAAGUCGGGCAGUUGGUACAGUCCAGUGUCCUCUGUUGAUAGGAGAGCUAAAGGCCGCAGCUCGAAGUCACAACAAGGAACCAUGGUCAACUUUAUCUCACUAGCGCGUGACCACUGGGUGAACAUAUUGGUGCCCAUGGGUUUUGUGAUCGGGUGGUACCUCGACAAACAACAGGACCAGAAGUUGACAGCAUUCAGGAACAAAAGUAUUUUGUUCAGCAGGGAACUGAAGCCUGGUGAGGAAGUUACCUGGAAGUAGACGACUCCUGUGUCCUGUGGUGUGAAUGACUGAUGUGUGCCCCUCAAAUCAGAUUAUUUAAGAAGACUCCUAUACCUCUGCUUUUGGGUUAUUUCAAACAGUCAUCUGAAAUCUUUUUGAGUUGUAUCAACCAAUAAUAAAACAUGCCCUUUCUCAUCAAA